AAUGAGUGCGUAACCGCGGUUCCCAGUCAGUCCUGAAUAGUUUUCUCAAGAGCACAGUGGCUUUGUUGUCAUGACUACGCUAUACAACUCUCCGGAUGAAAACACAUAAGCAAGUUAGCUACAUAACAAGGGCGCUUUGACUCUGCAUCUUGUGACGUGAAAGAAUGCCUGUGUACAUCAGAAAAGACCCCGUGGAUAUCAUCCCGGAGCUCUCUGAGAGCUGCGGUGAUGAUGACGAAGAGGAGUCGUUCCUGAAGGACCCGGAUCAACUCCAGGACCAACUGCCCCAGCCGUUCAGAAUGAUCGACAAGGUUCUGGGCAGGCUGGUAGACAGAGCAUGGGACUGCAUCUCACAGAAAGAGACUCUCAGGGUCGCAGAGGAAGCAAAUAAAACUGUACCUGUUAUCAAGGUCUCAAGUCAAAUAAGGAUCCCAGUGAGCACCAACUGUGUGGCCUGCUCUGAAGAUGGCAGGUACAUCUUUCUGGGUCACCCCUCCGGCCUGUCUGUUCUAGAUCAGGCCCUGGGCAGCACCUCCUCCACGGUGGUGGUGUGGAAGGAGGACCAGGUGGAGAUCACCUCUCUUCACAUCACCUGUCUGGGGGAGACGGCCUACCUUUUGGGAGCCCUGGAUGACAUGGGUGUUGCCAGACUCUUUGCAUAUUCCUCAGAAACAAUCCACCUGAUAAAAGUCAUUAAUGAAACAGAGGACAUCAACCAGAGAAGUGUCUGUGCCAAGUUUGAACUCUCCAGGGGGGGCGACUACGGAGCAGCUACCAUCUGCUGUAAUGGUUCUCAGUGUCUGGAGGUGUACAGGUUCCCUAAAGACGUCUGGCUGAAGGAGUUGUCACAGCAUGCACCUGGAGUGGGAGCUGCAAUCAGACUGUCUCCUGUCACCAUGGUGAUGAAGAUUAAACCACCAAAGCCACUAACCGGCUCUACCAUGAAGAGCCCAUUUGAAGUGUUGCAAAAGACUGUGGACAGCACUGUUAUUGGCUCAGGACAGAACCACCUGAUCAGCAGUCGCCAGUGGGAGGAGCAGGAUGCUCUGUUUAAGUCUCUAUACAGGAAGUACCUAGUAACUAACCCCAGGCUCUCCAAAGACUCAGAGGACGUACUCAGACGUGUGACCAGUCACUUCCUGCUCCCUGGAGGUCUGUUUCCUGCCCUGGGAGGGUAUAAGCCUCAACCAGGAGAGGCAGUAGCUGUAUGUCUGUGGUGGAACGGCAGCCACAGUCUGUUGCACUAUCUGCUGUGCACAACUCCCAAAGACAAGACAGACCCAGAACCCAAGCCAGAUGUUCUGUGGCCCAACGCCCAGGAAGUCCUGUGUUCUGCGGUCAGCAGCUGUACCAGAUUCCUGGCGCUGGGACUAGAGGGUGAACUGGUCACAGUCUGGGACAGACAGCUAGGUCUUCCGCUGUGUGUGGUCGCCGUGGCAGCCGACAGUGUGUUCAGCAGCCUGACUUUCCUGGAGUACUGGCCUGGUGCUGGUUUUGAUGAGGCCCUCAGCCAGGGUCCUGACCAGAACCAGAACGGAACCUUCCUCGGGCAAGGCACCAGCCACAUCAACACAAAGGUCCACGUCCUCGUCAGCUGUCAGAGUGGGGCACGCCAUAUAGUGUCAGCAGGCAGAGGAAUGGAUUCCCAUGAUGUCACACAACUAUCUGAAAGACCUCGAGAUUCAGAGUGUUUUCCUGUGGUGACUGUUGCUGUACCGUUCCUCCAGCACCUGGCUGUGGUCUUGCACAGGAACGGCCAGGUGUUUCUUGAAGACGUGGUCACUAGGAGCAGAGUGUGCCGCCUGUCCUUCCCAGACAGCCACGCCCUGGCCCGGCCCUGGGAGCCCCUGUUCCUGAUGGAGCCCAACCAGCAGGCGCUGCUCAUAAGAGGGGAUCACCUUCCAAGCCCUGACAGAGCAGAGGAGACGGACGAUGGUGGGAGUCGCCUCUUUGUGUUCCGUUUCCAUGACGCGGAUGUCGUGAAGCCGUACAGAACCGGAGAUGUCCUGCUAGCAUCCUCACAGCAUGGCCAAUCAGCAACAGCACCAUCAAGCCUGGAGGAAACGUGGAACCUCUAUUUUCAGCAAAGGGCGGAAUCUGUUGGACAGAGAAACAAAGUCUUGACCCAGACAUGGAACCAUCUCCAACAGCAUGCAGUCAUGGUGCUCUCACAGAACCACCGUAAACCGCCAAAACCACAGCCAUAGGGAUUAUUAGAUGAGGAAUGCAACAUGAGCAGAGGAAUGCAACAUACUUUUUCUGACAGGAGUGAGGAAUAAAACAUCUCAUAGGUUUACUGACAGGAGUGAAGAAUAAAACGUCUCAGUGUUUUACUGACAGGAGUGAAGAAUAAAACAUCUCAUAGGUUUACUGACAAGAGUGAAGAAUAAAACGUCUCAGUGUUUUACUGACAGGAGUGAAGAAUAAAAUGUCUCAUAGUUUUACCGACGAGAGUGAAGAAUAAAACGUCUCAGUGUUUUACUGACAGGAGUGAAGAAUAAAACAUCUCAUAGUUUUACCGACAGGAGUGAAGAAUAAAAGGUUUCAUAGAUUUACCGACAGGAGUGAAGAAUAAAAGGUCUCAUAGUUUUACCGACAGGAGUGAAGAAUAAAACGUCUCAUAGUUUUACCGACAGGAGUGAAGAAUAAAACGUCUCAUAGUUUUACCGACAGGAGUGAAGAAUAAAACGUCUCAUAGUUUUACUGACAGGAGUGAAGAAUAAAAGGUCUCAUAGAUUUACCGACAGGAGUGAAGAAUAAAACGUCUCAGUGUUUUACUGACAGGAGUGAAGAAUAAAACGUCUCAGUUUUACCGACAGGGUGAGCAAUGUAUUAAUUACACACUGACCCAUAAAAACCAAGAGAAUUUAUGUAAUCUAUGUUCUAUGUGUUUGUCAAGACAAUGGGUUGUUUUAGUGUCAUACAGUGUAAGUAUUGUAGUUCCUAUAUUGAGAGACUGUUUGGUAUUAUCUGCUGUUUUUUUUUUAUUUACCCAAUCCAAUCUCAGCCCUUAAUCGGAGGAAAAGCCACGAUCUGCUCUGCUAAGCGUGAAACUCGGCGCCCAAAGACAUUAUCAUCUCUUUCACUGUCUUCGAUCCCUUUGUUUCCAUUCUCACAUUCUCCUAACUACAGUAGGCAAUCUUCCUCUGACAAACAUGUCUCUGUAUAACAGAAUGUGUUUUGAAGCACUAGACACUAUACUGUCAUUUUGCUUAAUGUGUCAGGUAUUUUGUCUAGGCAUAUAAUGCAGCUUGUUAUCUACAUAAAACCGUUUUCUCUGCAAGGAAAAGGUAUUCGUAGCGGAGUGUUCUGGUACAUAAUGUCUUAACAUAAUGUAACCUGAAUGUAACCCAUUUUCAGUGUGGCCCUUGUAAUUUUGUCCAUGAUAGCCUUUAUUUGUCUCAAGCAUAGAUGUUUAUGACUGGUCCCGAUCUAAUGGAAUCCCCCUUGAUCUUAGCUUGCUCCUCAGUAUAUGUCUACCCACUAGAAAGCUGCGCCCUGGAAGAUUCCUCACACUGGUCAUUACUAACAUCAGUGCUUUUUUUUCCGCCAUCGUCAGUUUUCAGCUGCCAAUGACUGGAAUGAACUGCAGAAUGAACUCUAAAACCUCUUUCUGAUCAGUGCACCUGCUAAGCACCUCAUCCACCUGUCUGUCUCACCACUUAUAGUGAGCCCAGUUACCUGAUCUGCUAAGCACCUCAUCCACCUGUCUGUAUGUCUCACCACUUAUAGUGUGCCCAGUUACCUGAUCUGCUAAGCACCUCAUCCACCUGUCUGUAUGUCUCACCUCUUAUAGUGAGCCCAGUUACCUGAUCUGCUAAGCACCUCAUCCACCUGUUUGUAUGUCUCACCACUUAUAGUGUGCCCAGUUACCUGAUCUGCUAAGCACCUCAUCCACCUGUCUGUAUGUCUCACCACUUAUAGUGAGCCCAGUUACCUGAUCUGCUAAGCACCUCAUCCACCUGUCUGUAUGUCUCACCUCUUAUAGUGAGCCCAGUUACCUGAUCUGCUAAGCACCUCAUCCACCUGUCUGUAUGUCUCACCACUUAUAGUGAGCCCAGUUACCUGAUCUGCUAAGCACCUCAUCCACUUGUCUGUAUGUCUCACCUCUUAUAGUGAGCCCAGUUACCUGAUCUGCAUGGGUCUUACCUCUGUUGCUGGAAUUCAUUGAUCUGUUGCCUAUUCCAUUGUACAUGUAGUGUUUUUGACUGUACUCAUGUGUACCAUUCAUCACGGUCGGCAUGGUAGACGAGCACAACAUCAGAUCUUUGAGGAACACCGUCUGAUGUUGAAGGACCACUACUGUCCUCAAAUGGCCCAUCAGUACACAACACAAGUAUUGCCUGGAUCGUGUCUGGCGUGGCAACAAGACAACGACCAUAAUAUUACUGUCAUGUGAUCUCCGUUUCAGUGCCUGGACCUUUGUAUCACCGUGACAAGAGUUCCGCUGCUUCCAUGUUUUGGCUGCUCAAGUCUCAGAAUCAGUCCCGGUUAGUCCCAGAAUCCAUCAGUCACGGUACCAGUCCUGGUUUUUCCAAGUAUCCGUCAUGGUUAAUCCACGCAUCGGUCCUGGUUAGUCCCUGAAUCAGUCCCAGUUAAUCCCUAUGUCAGUCCUAGUAUUAGUCACAUUUAUCAGUAUAACAGGUAUCAGUAUAACAGGUGGAUUGCAUGGUUGACUAUAUUCACGAUCUAGACAAUUGAAUAUGCAUUUCAUCUAAAGUAGCCUUUACAUUAUUUAAGUGUGGUUCCUUAUAAGGUAGAGAUACAAGAGGGUCUCUGUAGGACAGUAGCUACCCAUGGUCAGUUUUAUACAUCAUUAUAAGCCUACCUGCAUCAUGAGGAAUUAUACCACCAGGAUUUAAGAAAGGUGUUACCUACAACAUGUUUUGACA